AGUAGUGCUGACAUGUUGGAGGAAGUGACGUUCCUUUGACGCUGUUUCCUGUGUCGCUCUGGCGCGGGAAGGUCUGAUGCUGCAGGAUUCAUCAUGGACGUGGAGAUGAAAGAACCCGAUGGUGAACAAAGUCAGACAGACGCACAGAAUAAUAAAAAAGAAGAUAAAAAAGAAGAUGCUACAAAGUCUUCGACGAGCACUUAUGAACUCCCCUGGGUUGAAAAAUACAGACCGCUGAAGCUGAAUGAAAUAGUUGGAAAUGAAGAAACUGUCAGCAGAUUGGAGGUUUUUGCCAGAGAGGGAAAUGUACCCAACAUCAUUAUUGCUGGACCUCCUGGCACUGGAAAAACAACAAGCAUUUUGUGUUUGGCCAGAGCUCUUCUGGGCCCGGCAAUGAAGGAUGCUGUGCUCGAGUUGAAUGCCUCAAAUGAUCGAGGUAUCGACGUUGUCCGAAACAAGAUCAAGAUGUUUGCCCAGCAAAAAGUUACUCUCCCCAAAGGGCGUCACAAAAUCAUCAUUCUGGAUGAAGCGGACAGCAUGACUGAUGGAGCACAGCAGGCUCUGAGGAGAACAAUGGAGAUCUAUUCGAAGACCACCAGAUUUGCCUUAGCCUGCAAUGCAUCAGAUAAAAUUAUAGAGCCAAUUCAGUCACGCUGUGCAGUGCUGCGCUACAGUAAGCUGAGGGAUGAACAAAUCAUGAUGCGGCUGAUGGAGGUGGUGGAGAAAGAGAACUUGCACACCACUAACGAUGGACUGGAGGCCAUUAUCUUCACUGCCCAAGGAGACAUGAGACAGGCACUAAACAACCUGCAGUCCACCCAUUCUGGAUUUGGUUUUAUCAACAGUGACAAUGUGUUCAAGGUAUGUGAUGAGCCACACCCCCUGCUGGUAAAAAACAUGCUUGAACACUGUGUCAGUGCCAACAUCGACGAGGCUUACAAGAUAAUAUCACAGCUUUGGUCACUUGGCUACUCUCCUGAAGAUAUCAUAGGGAACAUCUUCAGAGUGUGUAAGACCUUCCAAAUGCCGGAGUACUUGAAGCUGGAGUAUAUCAAGUUAUACUGCUAGCAGUGGUAGAAGAUCGGGCGUUCAAUCCCCAGCACUGCCAAGCUGCCACUGUUGGGCCCUUGAGCAAGGCCCUUAACCCUCUCUGCUCCAGGGGCGCUGUAUCAUGGCUGACUCUGUUCUCUGACCCCAACUUCCUAACAUAACUGGGUAUGCGAAGAAAAGAAUUUCACUGUCCUGCAAUGCAGGGGUUCCAAAACUUUUCCAGGGCAAGGCCCCCUAAAUGGCAUUAGCAUUUGACCAAGGCCCCCCUUUUGCAAGAUGUCUUUAAAACACAUUAAAAAUACAGACUUCUGAAUAUAUCCCCCUUUUUUUAAAUUAAUAAUUACAUCUUUCAUCUUUACAUUUUUACAAAAAAAUCAUGUAUUUAUUUAUUUUUCACACCAAAUUGUUGAGGCACCCCCUGGCGGCCACCUCUUUGAAAACCACUGCUCUAAUGUAUAUGUGAUCAAUAAAGACUCUAUCUCUA